CGGCAGCUUGCGGCAGCGUGCGGCACCGCGGCACCGCCACCGGCAGGACACUGGGAGUCUCUCCACGACGAGCGGCGAGUCAUCCGCGAGCACGCCAAGCAAGGCGACCCGAAGGGCCCAAAGGCGGCGUGCAGCGAGCGCGGCGCCGAGUGUGCGGAACGGUGUUGUGCGUGCAAAGCAGUGCAGAGGCCCUUCCGCGGGCGGAUAGGGAAGUGCGGGCAGUGCGGUGCCGGACAGCCGCGCCGGGCAUUCGCAGGACCGCGCAGGGCGCAGGGCGCAGGGCGCAGGGGAGAACCGCGUUGCGGGGCGCCAGCGGACCCAGUGACACGCCCACGGAGCAGCGAGGGCGCAGGACGCAGGACGCAGGGCGCCGCCAAGGAUACGGCAAGGCGGCGGACAGUGCGAACGACGUCGGCGAACACACGGCCGCCACCAUGACGGAGGACGAGGUGCUGUUCGACGACGUGUACGAGCUGUGCGAGGUUAUUGGCAAGGGUCCCUUCAGUGUGGUCCGGAGAUGCCUGCACCGCACCACGGGCCAACAGUUCGCCGUCAAGAUCGUGGACGUGGCCAAGUUCACGUCCUCGCCGGGCCUCAGCACUGCGGGUCCAGAAGAAAUUACAAAUCUGAAGCGUGAGGCCACCAUCUGCCACAUGCUGAAGCACCCCCACAUCGUGGAGCUGCUGGAGACGUACUCGUCCGAGGGGAUGCUCUACAUGGUGUUCGAAUACAUGGACGGGUCCGAUAUCUGCUUCGAGAUCGUGCGGCGAGCCAUGGCGGGCUUCGUGUACAGCGAGGCAGUAGCUGGGCACUACAUGCGGCAGGUGUUUGAGUCGCUGCGCUACUGCCACGAGAACGACAUCAUCCACAGGGACAUGAAGCCCCACUGCGUGCUGCUUGCCACCAAAGAGAACUCCGCGCCCGUCAAACUGGGAGGCUUCGGCGUCGCCAUCCAACUGCAGGAGGGGCACAUGAUGAACGGAGACAAUAUGAUGUCGGAGAAUAGGCCGUGCUUGAGUCCGAAGGGACAGAUGUACCUGAAAGCAGACUGUGAUGGGCGCAUCGGCACGCCGCACUUCAUGGCGCCCGAGGUGGUGCGCGAGCAGCGCUACGGCAAGCCCGUGGACGUGUGGUCGGCCGGCAUCCUGCUGCACAUCCUGCUGUCCGGGACGCUGCCCUUCCUGGGCACCAGGGAGCGCCUCUAUGAAGCCAUCUGCCGCGGCAGGCUCAACCUGGACGGGCCCUGCUGGGAGUACAUCAGCGAGUCGGCCAAGGACCUGGUGCGACGCAUGCUGGCCGUGGACUACCACCAGCGCAUCACCAUCCAGGAGGUGCUGUCGCACCGGUGGCUCAAGGACCGCGAUAAAGGCAAGGUGCACCUCACGGAGGCCAUCGAGGAGCUCAAGAAGUUCAACGCGCGCCGCAAGCUCAAGGGCGCCGUGCUGGCCGCCGUGUCCUCGCCCAAGUGGAUCUCGUUCUACUCGGAGCACAACUCGGACGCCCUGUCCGACUACGGCGAGGACGAGGUCACAAUGUCAGCCGUGAGCCUGGUCCUGGACUCGCUGGACGACAUCCACUGCCUCCAGGAGGCGCCGCACAAGGACCGCGAGAUGCUGAUGCCGCUGCUGGAGGACCGCCAGCUCCACGCGCUGCUCGAGUUGUACGACCGCAUCUCGUCGCAGCCACUGUCGCCCUCCAAGCCGCCGCCCAGCGAUGCGGUGCAGCGCGCCAGGGACGUGGUGGACGCCCUGCUGGCCGUCGACGCCGAGGCCGACCACCAUCACCAUCACCACCACCAUCACCACCACCACCAGCGGGCGCGCAUGGAGAGGGACGAGCUUCGGGACCUGCUCAGCCGGCCGCACUUCAGGGCGCUGCUGCAGGCGCACGAUGUGGCCGCCCACGAGGUGUACGGCGAGGACGCGGUGCGCGUCACGCCGCCCCCCAUGAACCUGCCCUACCUCAACGGCGAGGGCGACGAGCUGGAGGGCGAGGACGGCGACGACCCGGCCCUGGACAAUGUGACGAGGGUGCGGCUCGUGCAGUUCCAGAAGAACACGGACGAGCCCAUGGGCAUCACGCUCAAGAUGAACGAGGACGGCAAGUGCAUCGUGGCGCGGAUAAUGCAUGGCGGCAUGAUCCACCGGCAGGCCACGCUGCACGUCGGCGACGAGAUCAGGGAGAUCAACGGCCUGCCCGUGGCCAACCAGUCCGUCAGCUCGCUGCAGAAGAUCCUGCGGGAAGCACGUGGGUCCGUGACGUUCAAGAUAGUGCCGUCGUAUCGCAGUGCACCACCGCCCUGCGAGUUAUUCAGGAUAAAGCCCCCACCAGUCUUAGGCUCCACCUCGACGUGUCACGGCCAGUAUUGCAAAGAAAUCUUCGUGCGCGCGCAGUUCGACUACGACCCCUUGGAGGACGACAUCAUCCCCUGCGCCCAGGCCGGCAUCGCCUUCAAGGUCGGCGACAUCCUCCAGAUCAUCAACAAGGAGGACCACAACUGGUGGCAGGCCCGCAAGGACUGUUCCGGUGGAUCAGCUGGCCUGGUCCCGUCCCCGGAGCUGCAGGAGUGGAGGGCGGCCUGCUCCGCCGUGGAAAAGAGCAAGCACGAACAAGAAAAAGGUACCGGUCCCGGGUGCGCGUCGCACAGAGACGGCUGUGACAGCUCUUCAGUGAAUUGCUCAAUCUUUGGCCGUAAGAAGAAACAGUACAAAGACAAGUACCUGGCAAAACAUAAUGCAGUAUUUGACCAGCUGGAUCUGGUCACAUAUGAAGAAGUAGUAAAAUUACCAACAGCAUUCCCACGGCGGACGCUGGUGCUCCUCGGCGCGCAUGGCGUGGGCAGGCGUCACAUCAAGAACACCCUCAUCGCCAAGCACCCGGACCAGUACGCCUACCCGAUACCUCACACUACCCGGCCGCCAAGGCCAGACGAGGAGAACGGGCGGAAUUACUAUUUCGUCUCUCACGACGAGAUGAUGACCGACAUCGCCGCCAACGAGUACUUGGAAUACGGGACGCACGAGGACGCCAUGUACGGCACCAAGCUGGAGACGAUCCGCAAGAUCCACCAGGAGGGCCGGGUGGCCAUCCUGGACGUGGAGCCCCAGGCCCUCAAGAUCCUACGCACGCGCGAGUUCGCGCCCUACGUUGUGUUCAUCGCGGCACCGCUGCUCCACAACAUGGCUGACUACGACGGCAGCCUGGAGCGGCUGGCCAAGGAGUCGGACCUGCUGCGCCAGGCGUACGGCCACCUGUUCGACCUGACCAUCGUCAACAACGACAUCGAGGAGACGAUCGCGGCGCUGGAGCGCGCCAUCGAGCGCGUGCACUCGACGCCACAAUGGAUCCCCGUGGCGUGGGUCUACUGACGAUAGGCGCCGAGGGGCGGGCUUGCCCACCAGGGCUGCUGGACCACCUUCAAGGAGGAACUCCUGGUGGACGUGGACGACUGCUUCCGCGUCGACUGUUUCUAGUGCAGCAGUGCGAGUGCAGUCGGGACCUCCUGAAACGUCCUGGAACUGCUCCUCUCGCGCACGCGUUGCACCAGGACCAGGAGCUAGUCAUUCCUCUGGAGUUUGGGCUGGGCUCAUCUCUCCGGCCUCUUGGCGCCUUUUGGCGUAGUGGCGUGGUGGCGCCUUCCAGUGCCUUCCAGUGGCUCGGAAGGCGAAGCAUUUCAAAAUGCUUCCAGAAAGACAGUUGGACUGUGAGCUGACACACGACCCGUAGAUCGGGAGGGUGUCAGAAGAGACUGAUAAAGCCAUACAAGCAGCCAUACCAAACCAACCAGUAUUUUAAUUGACUUUCAAAGGAUCGCAAUUGAUCGACUUAGUGAUAUUCGUCCGCGCAGUCUCGGAUCGUGGCGUGGAUGGGUCGGUGAACGGCAUAGAGAGCCGCUACUUUUAAUGUUAACUUCGUUGUUGAUUUUUUUUUCGGAGGGACCUGUCAAACCAUUAAGUCACGGACAAAUCAGUGUGACUGUGACUUUGACAUAGUUUUCUUAAUCAAGCUCAAACUUUCAAAAAUGAUAUCUAGGACAAGAGAGGUGGACCUUCUUUGUCAGCAUGUCACCUCUCUACUCCACCCGUUGUUACCACAGUGGUUAUCCAUGUAGUACUUCCGGUAUAGUCAGCAGGAGCUAAGUUGCAGAGGGAAAAAACAGUAAGCACACAAAUAAAUUUUAUAUCGGCUCAUGUGAAAUAAGAGAAGUAGAUUUGAUAGGGUUUCUCCUAAUGGAAAACUUUCAAGAGACUUGAAUGAACAACUUUGAGAGUGCUAUGUUUUAAUGAAAGGAUUCCGUAAUAAGAAGCUGUUACAUAUGUAAAACGCACUCUCUUACUUGGAAAAUUUAUUUCUUCAUUGACACAAAAUACUCUAAAUAAUACUGUAAACUGUGCAUUUCUUCAAAUAUUAGCUAUUUCAAUGACAUAUUGGUAGUUACAGACCUAAUAUUUGUGUGAUUUUUUAACUGCUCAAAUUAUUACAGUGAUUGGUUAAUGUGAGUUUGAUUCCUAGAGAAGCUUGUCUUGUUUCCGUGACAUGAAAUCAAAUUGCGUACCAGGCAUUUUCUUGAGAGCUUUAUGUUGUUUUCUGGACAUCACACAGAGUUUAACUUUUACGCCCCUGGUGGUGGAGCCCUCUUUCAGAAAUAAGUUCUUUUCUUCCAUAUUUUUACAUUUGAUCGUUAAUGCUAGACCAUUUAUCCUAGUCUCGGUUUCUAAAAAGAAAGAACUCACAAAAAAU